AUGCCAAAUAUUGUAAAAAUUAGUUUACCUCAACUUGAUUGGGGUUAUAAUGAAUUAGAACCACAUAUUUCUGGUGCUAUCAAUGAAAUUCAUCACAAAAAGCAUCAUCAAACUUAUGUUAAUGGAUUCAAUGCUGCUUUAGAUGAUUUAGUAAAGGCUAAUGAAGCUGGUGAUGUUAAAGCUGCUAUUCAAAUUCAACAAAACAUCAAAUUCCAUGGUGGUGGUCAUACCAAUCAUGUUUUAUUUUGGAAAAGUUUAUCCCCUGUUAGUCAACAUGGUGGUAAAGUUCCAGCGAAGGAUUCUCCAUUAGGUAAACAGAUUAUUGAACAGUAUGGAAGUAUUGAAAAGUUAAUUGAAAUUACCAAUGCAAAAUUAGCUAGUAUUCAAGGUUCAGGUUGGGCGUUUAUUGUUUACAAUAAACAAAACGGAAAUACUUUAGAUGUUGUUACUACUUACAACCAAGAUACUAUUCUUGAACCAUUGGUUCCUUUAGUGGCAAUUGAUGCUUGGGAACAUGCCUAUUAUUUACAAUAUCAAAAUGUUAAAGUUGACUAUUUCAAGGCUAUUUGGAAUGUGAUUAAUUGGUCUGAAGCUGAAAAGAGAUAUAUUACUAACUAG